CGGCAUGGAAGCGGAGCAGGCGCGGGGCGGGAAGCCGCGGAAGGCCGAAGAAGCGGCGCUGAGCCACCCGGGGCAGGAGGAAGAAAAAACACCAAAAGAAAAACCAAAGACAUGUCUUCCAGAAGGCCCUGUGAAAAGCAAGACUUCGAUAAAACAAGCAAGAGUUCUUCUCAAGCGUCUGCCUUCCAAAAAGAGUGAACGCACAAGGCGUGUGUUGCCUCAAAAACGUCUGCUAGAACAAUUUUCUAGCUCUGAAGAGUCCCCAGCUGCAGAUAGCAAAGUCAAGAAAGCCUGUAACCAUCCUUCAAGCCCCCAGAUCAGUGCGGUUGUGUCGGAGGUUUCUCCUAGCCCAGGUGUGGUAGUAGCAGCUGACAAGGAAUCUCAUGUACCUGCUUCAGUUGUAGCAGCCAGCAGUGGUGAUUUGGAGAGCGACGAGGAUCUGGAGAGUGAUACAAACGAUGAGGAAGAAUCCAAGGAGUUAUCAGCUUAUGAGAGGAAGAGACUAAAGAAUAUUACAGAGAAUGCUAAAUUUUUUGCUUCUUUGAAGCUGUUUGAGUCAGCUGCAAGACUUCGUGAAAUGACAGUCAAAAGAAAGUCACAUGGAAUAAAAAGAGUUAAGCCUUCGAAGAAAGAAGCUUGUCGAAGGUCCUUGCGUUUGCAAAGAAUAGAUCCCACAGGUGCUCCCUUGCCAGAAACACCAGGACAUACAGAACUUCCAGCUGAAGAACAUCCCCGUUUGCCACCUGGACCUCUUCAGAUGAUACCUACAGAUCAAGAAGAAAGAACUGAGGACAUUGAAGGAUUCCUGGAUAUGUGGGUGAAAAUCAGUAAGGUAGAACCCCAGAAGACUGAGAAAACUAUAUGUAAUUUAGAAAGUUACAAGGCUAGACUGCGUGGAAUGGUCCUCAGAGAAGAUUGUGUAGCAAAAGUAGUCAAAACUCGAAUUUAUUCUGUGGCUGUCCAUCCAUCUGAAAGCAGAACCCUGGUAGCAGCAGGAGACAAAUGGGGGCAAAUCGGUCUCUGGAAUUUGGACAGCAGACUGGAAGAGCCUGUUCAUUCCUUUGUGAUCCACUGUCAAUCUGUUAACUGUAUGUAUUUUUCUCCAUUUAAUCCUGCUCAUCUUUUGUCCCUGAGCCAUGACGGCACACUUCGAUGUGGAGAUGUAACCAGAGCUGUCUUUGAUGAGGUGUACAGAAAUGAGGAUUACAGUCUUUCCUCGUUUGAUUUCCUGGCAGUUGAUGCCUCCACUUUGGUAGUGGGAAUGUGGGAUGGAAGGAUAGCCGUAGUGGACAAAAGAACACCUGAAAAUUCAGCUGAGAUUUCUGCAGAUCUUAAUUCUGUGACGAGGACUGUCCAUGUUCAUCCAGUCAGCAGAUAUUAUUUCAUUACUGCUGGGGCAAGGAAUGUUAAUAUUUAUGAUGUUCGGCGCCUGAAGGAGAGUGGAAACAAGCCCGUCGUUUCUCUUGCGGGACACACAAAGAGUGUGGCUUCAGCUUAUUUCUCUCCUGUUACUGGAAACAGGGUGGUGACAACUUGUGCUGAUGAUCAACUGAGGAUCUUUGGAACGAAAUGUUUAACAUCUUUAGCCCCUCUUCUCACAACUAUCAAGCAUAACAACAAUACAGGACGGUGGCUAACAAGGUUCAGAGCUGUAUGGGACCCCAGAAGGGACGACUGCUUUGUGGUGGGGAGUAUGUUGCGACCAAGACAGAUCAACGCCUUUCAUGCCAAUGGAGAAUUGGUGCAUUCCUUCUUGAGUGAAGAUCAUCUUGGCUCUGUUUGUUCUAUCAAUGCCUGGCACCCCACCAGGUACAUUGUUGUGGGUGGUAAUUCCAGUGGGCGCCUCCAUGUUUUCAGUGAGUAAAAAAACAAAAGGAAAAAAACCCUAUUGGUUUUUACUGGUUUAAGAAGACAUUUUGUCUAUCUUAGAAAUUUUAGUUUUAAGUUUAUAUCUUAGGACAGUUCAAAAUUAAUAUAUUUGAUUACAUACCUUGAAGUGUUGUAGGUUUCCAGUAAGAGGAAUAAUUAAGGCUUAGUGUUGCAAUUGCAGAAACCUUGUUUGCUCAUAAGGAUAAGCCAGUAUGCUAGUGGAACCCUGGCUUAUCAUUUAUAACUGUCAUGCUACUACAUCGUGUCUGAUCUGUGCUACUGCAAAGAGAAGCAGCUGAACAACCCACAUACCUCCUUUGACCUUGGAAUUCUGAGUGGUUUCUAAACAACAACUGGCUUUCUAGGAACAAAAGAAACAAGAUUUCCAGCUUCACACUGUUGAUGGAGCUUUGCAAGAGCUGCUGGAGCACUUCCUCACCCAAAGUAAGCCAGAAUUUUAAGAUUUGCUGGCUUCAUAUAAUGGCAGGAUGUGCCCAGGAAAUUUCUGCAUAUUUAUGAGCAACAGGCAUUAUCAAAUGGUUUCAGUCUUUCAUACAAGGAUCACCAAGUAAUGUUUAAUGCAGAUGUUAAUUAUAAAUAGUAUUUUGAAAUGAUAGUUUUAGUAUUUCAAGAGUAAAUGGCUUCUUUCUAACAACCAGUUUCUUAAUAAAAAAUAUAAAAAUUCAAAUGCAGUGAUGUCUGUUGGGACCCCAAAUAAUAUCUUAGAUUGUGAAAUUGGCGAUUGCAAAUUAGUGUUUGGUGUGCACACCAUGGUCUGUAUGAACCUUUAAAAUGCACACAAUAAAUGGUUUACAGUU